ACCGGCUAAUCAGCGCUAGCGCCACGUUCGCGUUCGAAGAACUCGCGAGCCACUCGCCGGCGCCCGGAGAAAGCGAGGGGCAACCCCGGGUAUUUUUAUUGCACCGGCUACGACUGGCCACUGUGAUAUGCAUCGAUUUGUUUGCUCCCUCGCUGGCACCGUUGGCCGUGUGCGAGCGUCUUGUUUUCUCAGCCCUUUCCUUCCGGCCGAUGUCUACCUGACACCGCGCGGUAGCCGUUUACGCGGUCAAUGAAACAGACGCCGCCGACGCCGGCUCUUGGGAUUUAGCACGGACGACCUUCACACUCUACGCCAGCAGCAGCGAACAUACGGAGAACACUGCCAGCGAAUCUCGAGAAGAUGUGGAAGAACAUGUUCGGCCGGUCGACGACCAUCUACAUGGAAGUGGCAGACAACUCAGCACCGGGUGUGUUGGAACAAGCUCCAGACGUACGGGCAAGCGGUGACCACAAAGGGAUCGAGGACAUCGAACUGGCGACAAACCUCGCACGAGACAAUGACAGCAUCGUGUGGGACCCAAAACCUUGCAACUGCGUUGCCGACGGACCAAAGUGUGGCGAGUGCUUGGCAACGGGGAAGAAUGCCAUAAAGGUGCAAAUGGAGUCGUGGUCCGUGGAGAAGACUGUGAUAUUCGGCAUAAUCCUCGGCGCUUUCUUUAUCUGGGCCGUCGUGUUUGGCAUCUGCCUCAACGUGUUCAAGCUCUGAAGUGCUGUGUUAUCAUAAGAGUCUGCGUCACACAUUAGAUAUUAAGUUUGAAAGGCUAGCUGUGCAAGCAGUUCAUGGUUAAAGCGAAAUCAUAAUAGAACUCUGAUGCUGCCUGUCUCGUAGUAAUGCAGUGAACUAAUGGCAAUUAGUUGCAAAGCCAACUGUGCAAUGUGUAGGCGUUGGCUGCGAGCAGUACUUUUAUACCAAAGGUGUUUCUUAAGUUUCACUGCUGAAGUCAUGAGCAGUGUGUUGUGCAGGGUAACCAAUGAAUAGGGUCGCACAGGUUGUGUUAUACUUUGUUGAGUUGUUGCUUUGUUUUGUGUACAUGUACCGACGACUGCAAAAAGCUUUUGAGACAUCAGAACUGCAAAAAAGGUUAAGCUUUGUGACACUUUCACUCUGCAGCAUGGAAGUGGCAGCUGCAAUAUGGUAGUAGCAUGGAGGUGUACAUACUGAAACUUUUAGAUUUAAGGUGGAUUCGACUGCUGUGAGGAAUUUGUGUCCUUUAAUGGCUCUAGUGUUCUAAAUUAUUUCUUGCAGUUGGAUGUACAAUAAGGUCCACUGUUAACGGAAACAUGCAGCUAAUAUUGCUGCCAUUGAUUAUCACUUUAAUACGCCACACAAGAGCAUGGAAUAAUUUUCCGUGUGCAAAGUGCACAUUUCAUUGAUUAUAUCUACUUCUUUUUAGUUAAGUGUCGCCUUUAGCAGUGGACUGUACUGUACAUUUUGGGACUUCUGUAUGGAGUCUGUAUUAAGCAGCUUUUGCGACAGAACUGCCAUUCGGUUGUGAACUUGCAAAUACUUUUUAUUUUCGUUUCUGAAUGUCUCAGAAAUAUUAUUUUUAGUCAGUUGUAUACAUUGUAUUUUUUAGCAGAAUAUCAGGACGAAAAUGCAAAGCACUGGUGCUGACACCUGGUGGCAGUGUGUUGAAACCAAGGCUUGUAUGUUGUGAGAAUCUGUUUCAGUCAAUGCGCUGCUUGGACCACUGACGAAGCUCAAAAAGUAAAAGAAGUAGAAUAGAAUCGGCACAUUAUCUUGGCCCAAAUGUGCUGGAACGCCUUUCUCUUGUGUGGUGCUUCUUGACCAAAAAAAAAAAAUGUUUAGUAUUGGGCAAUUCGAAUAACUGCAAGGACCUUUACGCCAUCAGAACGUAACAACAAGGCCCAUGCAAUUUGGUUGAAUACUUCAUCACAAGAUGUCGCAACUGGUUUUCAAUUUACAUCUCUCUCUCGAUAUGCCUUUACAGCAUAUACAUGCUGGAUAAAAUCGUCUAUUUUGCCUGGAGCUUUGUAGAAGUUUUGUCCCAUUUUGCCUCGUUUUAUUUGCACCCUGUUAAAGGCUCAAUUGUUACUGCUUGUGGGAAACAAUAAUGACCGAUUUUGACUAUUUUCAGUUACUUAGUGCAAUGGAACCUGUGGCAAAGAACAAAGAACACUAUGCACUUUUUGCAAUCUGUGAUUGUUUACAGUUGUGACAUCUUCAAUAUAAAAGAUCUUAUUUUUAAAGUAUGAUAUCCACUUGUUUCAAAAAUGGGAGACCGUGAGUACCUGUAAAUGACUUUUUACUAUCUUCAAGUAUCGGAGUUUGGCUGGAGCUAAAGGUUCCUCAUAGAGGAAGCUUCAGCUGUAGGGACAAUGGAGCACUGGCUGAAUGUGCUCAUAAGAAUCAUGAGUUGCAGAUAAAAAUGGAACUGGACUGGAUGUGAUAAAUAUUUUAAGUAAUAAUAAAUUUUAUUUGUUUCAUAAUAUAAUUUGCGAGUGUUAAUUACAGAGUGUGCUGUGUAUGUGUUUCUGAGAUGUUGUACAAACUUGUGAUUAGUGUGUGAAAUGCGAGUUUUUAUAUGUACAAAUGGAUAAUGCAGCUCAUGAUACCUUU